UUGACCGGCGAGGAUGUGGUAAAAGUGCGCGAUGGAGGUGAUGCCGCGGCGGGGUUGUUGGCGGAGGUGCGGGCCCCCGCGGGGGAGGGAAGGGUGGUACAGUCCACCGGGAAUGUCAUGUAUGUGUAUGUGCGGAUGACGGGGGCCGGGGGAGGAAGGGUCGUGGGGCUGCGGUAUGCGGCGACGUGCGAUCUGGAGUUGACGAGGAAUUCCGGGAUUAUUAACACGGCCGGGAAUGUUCAACAGCCGUUCCCGCGCAAUCUGGCCUGUUCGUGGCGCAUCAAACCGGCGGCCGCGUCGGCCUUCGUGAUCGAGAUCAGCGAGCUGUCAUUGGGCCCAGUGGACGAGCUGGAGGUGUACGAGAUCACUCGACUGUCCACCGCCAUCGCCUUCACCAACCGCAACGGCACGGCGGUCGGAUGGGCGCCGCGCAGCAUCCACGUGGCCUCGGGGGACGCCCUGAUCAAGGUGGUCAGCGGGCCCUUGGGACCGGUCACCCGCCUCACCGCCGCCUACUCCCUCGACUGCCCCUCGCUGGCCGCCGGGGAUUCCGUGCUCCUGUCGCACCAGGAGAGACGUUUCGGCACCGUUGUGACGGCAACCUGCCCCUUGGGAUACGAAUUCGCGAACCGGGAGGCUAACCUGACCAGCCGCUGCGGUCUGGACGGGGUGUGGAGUGUGGCGCGCAUCCCGGCGUGUCAGCCGAAAUACUGCGGUCCUCUGCCGUUGUUCGCCAACGCGCUGCCGGUCAACAUCAGCGGGUUUGUGUAUCCGGCAGCGGUGGGGUAUCGCUGCGUGGAGGGGUUCGUGCUGGCCAGUGGACAGGACGCCGCGGCCAUCCGCUGCUCCAACACCGGCAUCUGGAGCGGCACUGUUGUUUGCCAACCUGUCAAAUGUUCCUCCAAUUGGCCGGUGGUGGCUAAUCUGCAGAUGGAGAUAAUCGCCGGCAACGGAUACGAUUAUGGAUCGGUGGUGGAGUUCCACUGCCAGCCGGGAUUCCUGAUCAGCGGCGCGUCCGCGUUGACCUGCCUAGCCAACACCUCGUGGUCGGAUGCCCCGCCCUCCUGUCGCCGGCGUCCCUGCCUCCAGCCGCCCUCCAUCCCCCACGGCUUCGUCUACACCCCGGCCAACCAGCCCAACCCGGUGUACCUCUACGGCGACACCGUGUCCGUCGGGUGUCAGCCCGGAUACCGGUUGAACGGAGACCCGGAGACGUCCUGCAACCAGGACGGCGGCUUCACCAAUGUGCCGAUCUGCGAGAGCGUCAACGAGUGCAGCCAGGAGGACGUCUGUGACAGCGUGUCGGCCACCUGUGUCGAUGUGCCGGGCGAUCAUUAUUGCCGCUGCAAAGAGGGAUUCCAGGGGAUACCGCAGUGCGCGCAGAAUACGCUGCUCGGUGUCGGCGCCUUCCAGCCUGAUAUAUACAAGAUUUCUGUGUCGGGAUCGGUGGCGGGUCUGGACGAGCGGCAGAUUGGUCUGUCCUCGAAGGGCUGGUGCGGGACGAGCGCGGCGGCGGCGGACAACUGGGUGUUAGUGGACCUGAACGCGCCCAAAGUGGUCAGCGCCGUGCGCAUCCUGCCCGUGUCCGGCAACGGCCGGCUGCUGGCCAGCGUCCGCUCCUUCACCUUCGCCUUCAAACUGCAUGAAAACGACUCCUUCACUAACUACGCCGAGCCCAACGGCAACGCCCUGCAGCUGCCGGUCUUCUUAAAUUCGACGAGCGGGACGCAUCUGCCGGCGCCGGUGGAAGCCCGCUUCGUGCGCAUCUCGUUGGCGGAUUUCUACGGCGCGCCGUGCAUGCGGAUGGAUCUGAUUGGCUGCUGGAAGAAGCGCUGCUUCGACGUCAGCGAGUGCGCCGAGAACAACGGCGGAUGCGACCAGAUCUGCAUCAACACGCCCGGAUCGUACCACUGCGAAUGCAACGACGGAUUCCAGUUGUUCUCCCAGAACGGGACCAGUGCCUUCACGAUUCCGGCCGCCGAAACGGGAACACGAGAAGGUGAUGGAAUUUUGCUGAACAAGACGUGCGUGCCGCAGUCGUGUCUGCCGCUGAUGCCGCCAUUAAAUGGCGUCCUGUUGUCCACGCAAAUCUUCCGCUUCGCCGACGAAGCGGCGUUCGCGUGCAACUUCGGCUUCGAAAUGAUGGGCACGUCGGUGCUGAAGUGCGGCGUCAACGGCGCGUGGAGCAGCAGCCAGCCGCUGUGCAUCCCCGCCACCUGCGACAAUUUCCUCGAUGACGUCAUUCAAGGGGUGUGGGUGGAGCCCAAGACGGCCGUGGUCCCGCUGGGCCGCAACGUCUCCGUCGCCUGUCAGGCGCCCGAAUUCAAAUUGCCCGCCGCGCUGCCCAUUAAAAACCGCAAAUGCGUCUUUGACCGGCGAAGCAAGGAGAAAUUCUACUGGUUAACGGGAAGCAAACCCACGUGCAAAGUGGUGGACUGCGGUCGCCCUCCCGUCCUCCCGGGCUCCUUCUACUCGAACCUGUCCAAGACGACGUACGGCACGCUCUUCCGCUUCGCCUGCGUCUUCCCCUUCUCCCUGGCCGGAGAGAGCAGCAACCGUGACGAUCAAGUCCGCUGCAGCCGAUCCGGCGUCUGGGACUUCGGCAGUCUCCGCUGCGACGGCCCCGCCUGCGCCGACCCGGGCGCCCCCACCUUCGGCUCCCAAACAGCCACCACCUCCUUCGAGGAGCUCGCUUCGGUCCGCUUCCAGUGCGACCGCCCCGGGUACGCGCUCUCGUCCACCGCGCCCCUCCUCUGCGUUCGCCAGACCGAGUGCCCCCUCCCGCGGGCGGUCAGCAUCCCGCCGGACGCCGUCAAGGCCACCUCGGAGAUGCCGGGCUUCGAAGCCGGCCAAAUCGGGUUCAACUCCUUGACGGGCUGGUGCGCGUUGGCCGAUAACACCACCUACGUGGAGAUGGACCUCGGAGGGGUGUUCAAGGUCACCGGGAUCCGGGUGCGGGGCGUGGUGACCCAGCAGGUCCUAGGGAGGGUCACCCGCGUGCGGCUGUUCGGGAAAGUUGGCGUGAAUGAUGGGUAUGAUGUCCUGGUGCCGGAAGUGGAUGUCGCCGGGGAGGGCGGGACGUCCUUUGGGAAUCUGGCGACGGUGGCGUUGGGGAAGGCCUUUAGGGUGCGGUUCGUGGCCGUGGGGGUGCUGAGCUACAUCGGGCAUCCCUGCAUGAAGAUGGAGGUGGACGGGUGUCCCGCCGGAAGACAGGAUGACGUCCAGGACGCCGUGGUGGGAUGGAACAGCUCCCUUCCGGUCUGCCAGGACGUCGAGCCUCCCAAGUUUGUUUCGUGUCCGGAUAAGCCGGUGCAGGUGCGGCGCCUACCGGACGGACGGAUGCCGGGCGUGCAGUACGAGAUCCCGCGGGCGGUGGACAACAGCCAGCGCAUCGCGCGCAUCGAGACGCGCCCGGCGGACUUCCUGCCGGGCCGCGUGGUCUUCGACGACAUGGCCGUGGAGUACGUGGCCUUCGAUUCCGACGAGAACAAGGCUAGCUGCACCGUGCAGAUUGAGAUUGUUGAUGAGGAGCCGGCGCUGAUCAGCUGCCCACUCUCUUACAACCUCACCCUGGACCCGCACGGUGACUUCGCCAGUUUGCACUUUGACGCGUUGAGCCACCCGGUGGAGGUGGUCGGGCGUCUGCGCCACCUGCAGCUCCUCUACUUCCCCGACCGCGCCCGGCUCCCCGCCCACGCCUUCCUCAACGUCACCGUGGUGGCCUCCGACCCCGCCCAGGCCCUCAACACCACCACCUGCAGCUUCCAGGUCGCCGCGCUCCCGGCGCCCUGCACCGACGGCCCGGCGGUGGCCCCGGCCAACGGGAUAACCGACUGCCGCUCUACUGACGAGGAGACCGUCUGCAGCGUCACCUGCAACCCCGGCUUCACCUUCUUCGACGGUCUCCCGGGUCCGCGGGAGGCCCGCUGCCGCAACGGCGUUUGGGCGGCCACCGGGAACGUCUCGGUCGCCGACUGUGUCCCCGCCGAGGGGCACGACGCGGUGUACGACUCCACCACCCGCAUCCUCUACGUCUCGCCCCUCCCGCCGUCCCCGGAGUGUCUCCAGCUGUACACCGCCGCGCUGACCAACCUCCAGGCGCCGGUGUCCGAGUUCCUCUCGACGAAAUGCUCCAAAUCCAUCGACGUGUCGGUGACGGUGGCCGCGUUGUCCGCCACCCUCCUCCCGUCCAACACCUCCACGCUGGCGCUCCAGGGAGUCCUCCGGUACCGCAUCACCCCCGCCCGCGCCCUUCCGCGUCUCUAUGACCUUUGCGGACUGACCAUCGACACGCUCCUCGACCUCUCGGUCCCCUCGACGGACCAGCAGAUCAAAAGCCUCGCGCAGUUGGCCGAUCCCGCCGGAGUGUGUCCGACGCUGGAGGCCACCGAGUCCCAUGGAGAUCGCGGUUUCACGUGCCUUCCGGGACAAGUUCUAAUCCGCAACGCCACCAAAAUGAUCUGCCUGGAUUGCCCCCGGGGUUUUUAUUCCGCCGACAGCGCCACCUGCCGCCAGUGUCCGCCGGGAACCUUCCAGGACGACGUCGGCCAACCGGGAUGCAAAAAAUGCCCGGAUGGGACUUUUACCCCAAUUCCCGGCGGGAAGACUGCUGAUUCCUGUCUCCCGGUGUGUGGACCGGGGACCUACUCCCCCAACGGCGUGAUCCCGUGCUUAUCGUGCCCCCAGGACACUUACAGUCCCCGCGGGGGAAUGGAGUGUCUCCCAUGCCCGUCGGACACUUUCACCACCCUCCGGGGCGCGGUCAGUCCCUCCCACUGUCGCGAGCGGUGCCAGCCGGGGGAGUACUCCCUCUCCGGCACGGGACUGGCGCCCUGUGGCGGGUGCCCCGAAAACUACGUGUCGACGGCGCCGGCCAGUCGGAGGUGCUCGGAAUGCCCCUUGGAGGCCACCACCGAGGGGCAGAACGCGACGGGAUGCGUGCCGGUGGUGUGUCCGGGGGAGCUGUGUCAGAACGGGGGCCGCUGCGAGGUGGCCGGACACCGGGCGGUCUGCCGGUGUGUACCGGGAUUCAGCGGGGAGCGCUGCGAGAAGGACGUGGAUGAGUGCGAAGCGCAGCCGUGUUUGAAUGGCGGGAACUGUGUGGAUGGGCGGAACGGGUAUCAGUGUGUCUGUCCUGCGGGAUUCACUGGCCUUCAGUGUGAAUUGCCGCCGGACGACUGCGCGGCGGUGAGCUGUCCGAACCGCGGCAUGUGCCAGAACCAACAACACCCGCAGAUGUACCGGUGUCUAUGCCGAAGCGGCUUCACCGGGCCGCACUGCAACGAGACGCUGGACCCCUGUGUGAAGACGCACUGCCUCAACGGCGGCCAGUGCCAGCACCUGCAGAUGGACCGCUUCCUCUGCCACUGUCCCGAGGGCUUCGAGGGGACCUUCUGCGAGAACAACAUCGAUGACUGCGCCGACGCGCCCUGCGCCAACGGCGGCACCUGCACCGACCUCAUCCACGACUUCCGCUGCGACUGCCAACCGCCCUUCAGCGGCCGCUACUGCGAGGACGUCGGCGAUCUCUGCGCCAGCGCCAACUGUGUUAACGGUUUUUGUUACGAAGAGCUGCGCGCGGAGAUCCCUCAGGGGGUGUGCGUGUGCCAGCCGGGGUGGACGGGCGCCGAGUGCAGCGUGAUGGUGGACAACUGCCAGGAGAGCCCGUGUCUGAACGAGGGGACAUGUAUCAACGGACUGGACAGCUUCUCGUGUCAGUGUGUUGAAGGACGCACCGGCGCCAAAUGCCAGCAUUCGAUCGACCACUGCCAAAACGUCCAGUGCCAACACGGCGGCACUUGCAGCAGUCUCAAGGGCGGAUUCAGGUGCGAGUGUCUACCCGGCAGCAGCGGUGACCUUUGCGAGACGAACACGGACGACUGCCAACCGUCGCCGUGUCACGCCAACAACACGGAGACCUGCCUUGAUAGGUUAAACGACUUCCAGUGCGUCUGCCGCCCCGGGUACGGCGGUCGGACGUGCGAGAAGUCAACCAAUGUGUGCGCGGAGCAGCCGUGCCGCAACAACGGCAGUUGCGUGGAGGAUUCAACCGCCGCGGAGGGUUUCCGCUGCGUCUGUCUGCCGGGCUGGCGCGGGGCCUUCUGCGACGUGCGGGAGACGGGCUGCGAGCCCAGUCCCUGUCAGAACGAGGGCGCCUGCUUCGACGUGGCGCUGGGCGGCAAAGCGGCCGUGUUUUGUCAGUGUCCGGCGCCCUUCUACGGCAGCCGCUGCCAGUUCGCGAUCAACCCAUGCGCAGGUAAUCCGUGCCAGAAUAACGGCCAGUGCAUCGCCAACGGCACCGCCGCGGCGACAUGCCAGUGCAGCGCCGAUUAUGCCGGCGCCGGCUGCACCCACCCGGUGGAGCGUUGUGCAGCGGGAAUGUGCCCGAACGGAGCUUCAUGUCAGGAUGAGGAUGCCGGCAGCCGCUGCGCGUGUCCCGAAGGCGUUUCCGGUAACGACUGCGACGCGGAGGACAGUCUGUGCGGUCCGAUGUCGUGCCCCCCGGAGGCGAGCUGUCUGAGCACGAAGAGGGCCGGCAUCGUGUGUCGGUGUCCGGUGGACAAGACCGGCGCGGACUGCAGCAAACCCGUGGAUGCCCACUUUGAUUUCGUCUUCAGCGACGAGUCGCGCUCCUCCGCCGUGGAAUCGUUAGUGCCCUUCGUCCUCAACACCUCCGCCCUCUCCCUGGCGGUCUGGAUGCAGUUCGCCGAGGCCGCCGACAACGGCACGGUCCUGCAGCUGUAUGGCGCUGAUAGCGAUGUGCGCUUCGAGGAUACCAAGCAAUUACUGUUGGCCGUCACAAGUACCGGCAUCUCCAUCGCCUUCUCCCCCUCCCACCCCUUAAUUAUCCCGUUAACCGCCACCCUUCCGUUGAACGACGCCGCCUGGCAUCACGUCGUCGUCACCUACUCCUCCGUGGACGCCGCCUGGAACAUCACCGUCGACUCCAUCCGCUGGACGGCGGGCCUCUCUCCUUCUCCCACCGCCUCCCUCCCCGCCUUCGGCUCAGUCGUGUUGGGCGCCUUCCGGGGCCGCGUCAGCCAGGUGCGCCUGUGGGACGCCGUCCUGGACUUCCGCACCGAGAUCCCCUUCCUGCAAGACUGCACCCGCGGGCGGACGAACAGCGACAAGGGCCUGCUGUACCGCCUGGUGGACGUCCUCCCGGUCAGCGGCUUCGUCGAUGUCCAACGCCCGUCGCGCUGUGGACAUGGGAAGGGUCGAACGAAGGAGGGACAGACGCUGGUGUGUCCGGCGACGAAACAUUACUUCACCAAUCAGGGUUACGCCAGCCUCUCGUGGCCGCUGCCCAAAGGUCACCGGCCCCGCGCCCUCCUCGUCAGCACCCUCCCGCCCACCUCCGCCCUGUCCCUCGGCCGGCACUCCGUCUCCUUCGUGGACUACGCGCCGACCUCCGUCCUGACCUGCCACUUCGACGUUAUCCUCCACCCCGACACCCCGCCCUGCCAGGACCCCGAGCCGCCCCUCGGGGGCGCCGCCGACUGCGUCUCCUACGGCCCCAAUGACCGCUACCGACGCUGCACCAUUUCCUGUCCCUCCUCCUCCGCCUUCGUCGAACGCGUCCCGAAUUAUUUCCAGUGCGAGGACGAUGGACGUUGGCACCCAAACUAUCACGGGGAAGGACCAUUAACCCGCUUCCCGGCGUGCGGCCCGGUGGUCCCCGCCCGGCGGGUGGUGGCUCUGGAGGUGGCCUACGACGGGGUGCUGUGUUCGGAGCAGACGAAGGCGUUUUGAAGGAGAACAUCGUGAAGAAAUUACUCCAGUUGCAGUUGGAUUGGCCGCUGUGUCUGGCGGCCAAUUGUCCCGGGUUAAGCGCUACCAUAACCUGCGGAGAAGGGGGAAGAAGGUCCCGGCGGCAGAUUGACGGGGA